AACAUAUCUACAUUGUUAAAUCGAUAUUGUUACUAUAAAAAUAUUAUAACAAGUUUUAUAAGCAAACGUUUAUAUAAUUAUUUAUUAAUCAAAAUGGCUACCAAAGCUACAACAAUAAAAGAGGCUAUAAAAAGAUGGGAGGAGAAAACUGGACAACAUGCUGCCACCGCAACGGAAGUUAGUUUAGUAUUUCAAUGGCCUCCAAUAGAAAAAAUGGAUAAUACAUUAUCGUCCCUUGUUAAUUGCGAAAAGUUGAGUUUAUCCACAAAUUUGAUAGAAAAAGCCACAGGUCUUAACAGUCUGAAGAAACUUCGUGUUUUGUCACUCGGUCGUAAUUACAUCAAAUCGUUCGCUGGAAUGGAAUGUCUCGGCGACACGUUGGAAGAGCUCUGGAUAUCUUAUAACUUGAUAGAGAAAUUAAAAGGAGUCAACGUGCUUCGGAAUUUGAAGGUGCUUUAUAUGAGCAAUAAUCUGGUUAAGGAAUGGAGCGAAUUUAAUAAAUUGCAAGAACUCCAAAACCUUGACGACCUCCUUUUUGUGGGUAAUCCUCUUUACGACGCUUGUGAGCUUGAGGUGUGGCGAUCUGAGGCAGCGCGUCGCCUGCCGGUGCUGAAGAAGUUAGAUGGAGAGAAUGUGCUAAGAGACGAUGGCCCGCCGUUGAUAGUUGCAGAUAUUGAGCCGGACGGCGGAGACGCGGUCGAGACGUUAGUCAGUGCCGAACCCAAUGAUUAAGAAAGGUGGAGAUAAGACAUUUUUCUUGACCUUCCGAAAUUUGACCAAUCAUAUUCGUAUUAGAAAUCACCAUAUCCUGUACUAUCUUGUAAUUUAUGUCAAAUAAAAUACACGUGAAUAGAAAAAAUAUUUUUAUUUACACAGUAAAUAAAGUGACCUCCUUUAAAUAUACAUUAUUGUUUCAAAGGCAUUUUAAUGUAGCAAACAUUAUGGCAUUUAUAAUACAGACACGUCGUGGAGACUCGUAUGAAUAGUACGCUUACCACGAGAUUGCAUCGUGAGACUACACACGGAGCGUUAAUAGUAUAUCGUUAAUGAA